AUGAUGAACGCAACUACUUAUGAUUCUUCUAGCUGGAGCAUAAGUACCUUGCCCCUGGAUCUUGCUUCCAGCCUUAGCGAUAAUCAACUUGCACUUGGCUCGGUGGCAGCAGUUGCAGUGGGCUUGGCCUGGUACCUGCUCCAGUCUGAUGAGUCUCAGGUAAAACGCAUUCGUCCACUACCAUUUUUUGGUCAAUGGUCUUUUUUCACGAAACGAUAUGGUUUUAUAUCUGAUGGAUUCAAAAAAUUCCCUCAAGAGAAGUUGUUCGGGUUCGGUAUACUUGGGCACAACGUCGUGGCACUAAGAGGGGAAGAGGCUCGGAAGGCCUUCUUCGGUAGGGGUGACCUCAGCUUCACCGAAGGAUAUCUGUUACUUUUUGGUGGUGCACCUACUACAAAGGAUAUCUCUCUAGAUACACCAGAUAGGAAUGACCAGGAACAGAUGUCCUACUUCCUGCGUCAUUUAACCCCUCUACUGAAGAACGAUCGCCUCGCCAAACCCAAUCUAGUCACUCCGGAGCUGAUGUCUGACAUUGAGCGUAACAUGAAGUCGUGGGGUGACGCCGGAAAGUUCGAUCCAUUCGAAGUGAUGUACUCGACUGUGUUCCAGCUGACUAUCCGCGCUGCCGGUGCGCGUGAGAUUGCCGACUCGGUUGAAAAAUGCAAGCAACUGGAGGAGCUCUACUGGAAGGUUGAGAAGGGAAGCACUCCGACGGCAUUAUUGCUUCCUUGGAUUCCUUCCAAAGCUCGUAAUGAAAAGGUUAAUUCGACAGGAGAAAUUUACGCUAUAUUCGACCAGAUUAUUAAAGACCGCCAACGUGAAGGCCGUCGUGAGGAAGAUGCCCUUCAGACAUUCAUUGACCAAGGGGACUCUACGUUCAUCAUGGGGACACUCUUUGCGGGCAUUGUCAAUACCGGUCUCAUGAGUGCCUGGAUAUACAUUCACCUCGAUCAGGUUCCUGAGUGGAAAGACAAGGCUGUAGAAGAGAUCCGCGCCCUACUUCACAAGUAUGCGCCGCUCGAAGAGUUCCCUGAUCUAUCGACGGCUGAGCGAUUCUCGAAGAUUCCGCCGCAAGCCUGGGAAGACGAUAUGCCGGUCAUGGAGUUUUGCAUUAGGGAGACUAUCCGGUUGAUAUUUUCUGGGGCGGCACUCCGACGUGUUAGCUCCGGCGACACUGAGAUUGAUGGAAAGAAGAUUCCAAACGGAACGUACCUUGUUUAUUCCACCGGGGAAACCCACUCAGACCCUAACAUUUAUCCAAACCCGAGCCAGUACAAUCCAGGUCGCUAUGCUGAGGGCCAAGAUAAAGCGCAGGCGUAUGGUUUCCUUGGAUGGGGUGCUGGCCGUCAUCCCUGCGUUGGUCGUCGCUUUGCUCAGUACGAGAUCAAGUCCAUGGUCUCCAUGUUCUUGGCUUCGUACACCUACGAGGUAGUUGACUCCGCCGGCAAGAAGCCAGACCCAUCAGUAACCGUUCCAGACAGGAACAACAUGUACCAGGCGCGUCCGAAAGGACAAACGUUCUAUGUGAAGUACACUAAGAGACAACAGCAGCUCUAA